GCUCCGGCCCGGGGGCAGCGGCCGCGGGGCUCCCGCCGGGGACCGGGGACGUACACCGACCGGGGGGGGCUGGGCAGCGUCUGCUUGCUUGGCUGUGAGCGGCACGGCCGGGCCGGUGCGUGGGUCUGCCGCUGCGAUUGAGCGGCGAGGCGGCAGAGGGUGGAUAUCGUCACAGGGGCUGAGCCACUGCUCCCAAAAAGUUAGGAUUUUCCCCCCCCCCCCCUCUUUCUUAAGGAGAGGGGAGGAGGAAUAAGGAGGGAGACGGCGGAGCAGGUUCGGCUUGGCUAAUCGCGAGUGUUAUGCAGCACUACAGAAACCGCUUUCCUGGAUACCUGUCCCAGGCUGAGCUCCUGCUCGAUAAGCUGACGCUACCGGGAGAAGCUAUUUGAGACGAGGGUGGUACAGAAAUUACCUCAUGCUGUUCCCGAUCGGCGCCGAGUAUUAAUUCCAGUGACCUCUACAGUAGUAUGGAUAUGCAACUCUUUUCGAUCAAGAAGUACCUCAGCUGCAGGGCAAAAUACAAGGACAUAAACUGCUGACCUCCUCUCAGCAUCAGGACCAGACAAACUACCCUACAUUUUACCAUCAAAAACAGUUGAAAAACACCUUUCAGAAAAGCUGAUCAACCCAUGACAUCAGUGGCCAUCUUUUGUAAAACACAUUUUAUGUACAUCUGCUGAGAUCCUUUUUCUACCUACCACAUGGUUCUAUAUUACUUACUGGGCACUGAUGGUCGCCUCCAGAAAGUGCAGCUUCAAAUGGUCAACCUCAUCCUUUAGCAAGAAGAAAAUCUGGAUACCGGAUACCAACAACGUCUUCAGAGAAAAUGGUAUACGAAGGAAAACGAUUAGUUUCCUACCAUUGUUUCUUCCUGCUAACAGCCAAAUUCUACUGGAUACUCACCCUGAUGCAAAGAACUCAUGGCCAGGAAUAUGCCCACUCCAUCCGACUGGAUGGGGACAUCAUCUUGGGAGGACUGUUCCCCGUCCAUGCAAAAGGGGAUAGAGGGGUGCCUUGUGGGGAGCUCAAGAAGGAGAAAGGGAUCCACAGACUAGAGGCAAUGCUGUAUGCAAUUGAUCAGAUUAAUAAAGACCCUGAUCUUCUUACCAAUAUCACCUUAGGUGUCCGGAUCCUUGAUACGUGUUCCAGGGACACUUAUGCAUUGGAGCAGUCCUUAACGUUUGUGCAAGCACUGAUAGAAAAAGAUGGUUCAGACGUGAAGUGUGCUAAUGGUGACCCACCUAUUUUCACUAAGCCAGACAAGAUAUCAGGUGUGAUAGGUGCUGCAGCAAGUUCUGUGUCCAUUAUGGUUGCGAAUAUUUUAAGACUUUUUAAGAUACCUCAAAUCAGCUAUGCAUCUACAGCUCCAGAACUGAGCGAUAAUACCAGGUAUGACUUCUUUUCUCGAGUGGUACCUCCGGACUCCUACCAAGCACAGGCCAUGGUUGACAUUGUGACGGCCCUUGGGUGGAACUAUGUCUCGACACUGGCUUCUGAAGGCAAUUAUGGAGAGAGUGGCGUGGAGGCUUUCACCCAGAUCUCCAGAGAAAUUGGAGGCGUUUGCAUUGCUCAGUCACUCAAAAUCCCUCGGGAACCAAGGCCAGGAGAGUUUGAAAAGAUCAUCAAGCGUUUGUUGGAAACUCCAAAUGCUCGAGCAGUGAUCAUGUUUGCAAAUGAAGAUGAUAUUAGGCGAAUACUGGAAGCAGCCAAAAAAGCUAAUCAGUCUGGACAUUUCCUCUGGAUUGGUUCAGAUAGUUGGGGGUCAAAAAUUUCUCCAGUUCAGCAGCAGGAAGAGAUUGCGGAAGGAGCAGUAACCAUUCUGCCUAAAAGAACAUCAAUAGAUGGAUUUGAUAGAUAUUUUCGGAGCCGAACACUUGCUAACAAUCGAAGAAAUGUAUGGUUUGCAGAAUUUUGGGAGGAGAACUUUGGAUGCAAGUUAGGAUCACAUGGAAAAAGAAACAGCAAUAUCAAGAAGUGCACAGGCUUAGAAAGAAUUGCAAGAGAUUCAGCCUAUGAACAAGAAGGAAAAGUUCAGUUUGUAAUUGAUGCAGUAUAUUCCAUGGCCUAUGCACUACACAACAUGCAUAAAGAUCUCUGUCCUGGAUAUAUUGGUCUAUGCCCAAGGAUGAGCACUAUUGAUGGUAAAGAACUACUUAGUUAUAUCCGGGCGGUAAACUUUAAUGGGAGUGCUGGAACACCUGUUAUCUUCAAUGAAAAUGGAGAUGCUCCAGGACGCUAUGAUAUUUUUCAGUAUCAAAUCACCAACAAGAGUACAGAAUACAAAAUAAUUGGUCAGUGGACUAACCAACUUCAUCUAAAUGUAGAAGACAUGCAGUGGGCUAAUAGAGAACACACUCAUCCAGCAUCUGUCUGCAGCCUGCCCUGUAAAGCUGGGGAAAGAAAGAAAACUGUGAAGGGAGUGCCCUGCUGCUGGCACUGCGAACGCUGUGAGGGGUACCAUUACCAAGUGGAUGAAUUCAACUGUGAACUGUGCCCCAUUAAUAAACGACCAAACGCCAACCGUACAGAUUGCCAGCUUAUCCCUAUAAUCAAACUCGAGUGGCAUUCUCCUUGGGCCAUCGUGCCUGUCUUCAUAGCUAUUCUCGGUAUAAUUGCCACCACCUUUGUGAUUGUGACAUUUGUCCGGUACAAUGACACACCGAUCGUCAGGGCCUCUGGACGGGAGCUGAGUUACGUGCUCUUAACUGGGAUUUUUCUCUGUUACUCCAUUACUUUUCUAAUGAUUGCAAGUCCUGAUACAGUGGUCUGUUCGUUUCGAAGAAUCUUUUUAGGCCUUGGCAUGUGUUUCAGCUAUGCUGCUCUGCUUACGAAAACAAACAGGAUUCACAGAAUAUUUGAACAAGGUAAAAAAUCUGUCACAGCUCCCAAAUUUAUUAGUCCAGCUUCCCAGCUGGUGAUCACUUUCAGCCUCAUAUCCAUGCAGCUUAUUGGAGUCUUCAUCUGGUUUGCUAUCGAUCCACCACAUACUAUUGUAGACUAUGGAGAGCAAAGGACACUUGAUCCAGAAAAUGCCAGGGGAGUUCUCAAAUGUGACAUUUCAGAUCUUUCUCUCAUAUGUUCCCUUGGAUACAGUAUUCUCUUGAUGGUCACAUGCACUGUUUAUGCUAUUAAAACAAGAGGGGUUCCAGAGACCUUCAACGAAGCAAAACCCAUUGGAUUUACUAUGUACACAACCUGCAUAAUUUGGUUAGCUUUUAUUCCAAUCUUUUUUGGUACGGCACAAUCAGCAGAGAAGAUGUACAUCCAGACAACAACACUUACUGUCUCCAUGAGUUUAAGUGCUUCUGUGUCUCUAGGCAUGCUCUACAUGCCCAAGGUUUAUAUUAUCAUUUUUCAUCCAGAGCAGAAUGUUCAAAAACGGAAGCGGAGCUUCAAGGCGGUAGUGACAGCUGCCACAAUGCAAAGCAAACUGACCCAAAAAGGAAAUGACAGACCAAAUGGCGAGGUCAAAACUGAACUGUGCGAAAGUCUUGAAACCAACAGUAAGUCAUCUGUAGACUUUCCAAUGGUCAAGAGUGGCAGCACUUCUUAACAGAUCCUCAUCUACCAAGACAACUUAUGUCAGUUACAGCAAUCAGACAAACAACUAAGCAGGGAUGAAAUUCACUGGAAGACCUGCAGGAUGGGAUCUUGCAAACAAAGACUUACCACCAUCAGAAUUCAGUCUUGGAAAUAUCAGUAGACUACAUUCAAAUCAAUAGUCAGUCUCCUAAAGGAAAAGGAUUAAAUGAGAGACAAAAGGCAAAAAGAGACAGGGGAAGGAAAAGUCCAGUUUUAUAACAUAGAGACGGUGUCGAGCUUCUGAACUGUUCACUCACAAGAAGAAGCAAAUCACAAAAGUAAAACAAAUGUUAGCUUGUGAAAAAAAAAUGCUGUUGAAAUAAAUCAUGUCUAAUGUUAUAUUUGUAAGUAUUUUUUUGUGAUUGUGACUAUUUCCUUUCCUGUCCUACACUGUUCAACUCGUAAAAGAAGAUGAGUUUGUUUCUUGUGACGGCUGACUGAAUUAAGUCCUGGGUUAUGCUAAAAUAAAUGCAAUGGUCAACGCAUGCUAAUUUUUAUACAAAUAAUUUAUUUCUAAUAAUAAAGGAAUGUUUUGCAAAUGUUGAGACUUGUUUUGUUGCAGUUUUAAGGAAAAAAAAAGUCCUUACACUGUUGUCUAUUGUUUGUUUAGAAUGUGCAGUAAAGGUGGGUGUACAAAUAAAAUAAUAAUCAUGGCAUCAGACGAAUGCAGUGUAAACUCUAAGCAUAUGUGUGUGUGUGUGUAUGUGUGCACACGUGUGUGUAUGUACGUGCAUGCCUGCAUGCAUGUGUGUGUGUGUACUUUGCAGUGUGUGCAUUUAUUUGUUCAAAGCUUUGUGGCUAUAUUUUCUACGGAAGGCUUUUUCCCCCUCCUCACCCUCAAAGUAACUGCAUUUUAUAUGUUUGUAAAGUGAAGAAGUCCUGAUUAUUUUGUAUGAUUGUAUUCUAUUUUUGAACCCUCACUAAUAAUUUUGAUCCUUUUCAUUUCUGAAACUUACAGUUUGUAAGACUUUAUGACAGCAAGACUGGAUUAAGCUGAAAGUCUAUUCAGCCUGACAGGGGAAUGUAGCAGAUGCUUAUCUCAAUAAAGGUGACUUUGAAAUAACAAGAGAGAAAUCAAUGGAGAAUUUGGAAAGCACUAAACUAGUGUACAUAUGUACUACUCCCUUGUUAACACAUAAAAAACAAUGGAAUAGAUGUCCAUCUGCAAUCUUCACAUCUUCCAACUUCCACGUCAAAUGAUUGUGUGUGCAUUACUACUGAUUAUGCAAAGACAAAGAGAAACUUAUAUAGAGAUCUACCAUGUUAAUAAACCCCUCCAAAGAUGUUUAAAAAUGUCAGCUAGGAACUUUCUACUUUGUUACUAUACCUGUGUUGUUCUUUAAGAAUUUUUUACUCCAUAUACUGCAUACAAUUUGUCAUCAAUGGGUCUUCACAAUCAGUUUAUUAAAUGUUAUUUCUCCUGAAUUAGCCUGGAUGGCUCCUUCUGCCUUUUUAUCUCAAAGGAGCUGUAUUUUUUUAACACAUCUUCAAGAAGGUGUGGUCGGUCUUAAAUUAAAUGGAUGAAAUUUGAAGUAUCUGAAACUGAAAUUGUUUCUAUUACAAUAUCAACAUUUGAACUUCAGCACAGUCAGCAAACUGCAUGGCAGUGAAUUUCCAUUUUCAAAAUAGUUGACAAAAUAUAGUUAGUUUUUCCUAGAAUUGAAAUGCUGGAAUUAUUAACUGAUGAUUGCUUUGGUGUAGUGUGGGUUUGUGCAUUUAGUAUGUGUGAUAUACUGUGUGAAAAUUCCCCUUUUGACUACAUGACAAUCACAUCAAUCCCAAACCCAUAAACUAAUAGGUGCUUAAUUUUAAGUAUAUGAGUAAUGUAGCUAAUGCAAUGAGACCUGAAAAAAAACCACAUUAAAACACUUUUUAUUCUGUUUUGUUAGCUAGUGUCUCAUAAAAUCAAAAGUUUUUGUGAAAAUUAAUUGAUUCAGUCAAUGUUUUAACAAGACAGACUUCCUUGUCUAGGAUGAAUUUCCUAAGAGAGAAAAAGAGAGAAAAGCAGAGAAUAUGUUUUACCUGAAAAACAGUAUUUUUGUACAGUUUUCUUUGAAGAAACCUGUGAAAAGUUUAGGUUUCAAUCCACAAUUAAAAAUUUCCAAAUGUUUUGUCUGUAAUAUCUAUACAUAAUAACGUAAGCAUAGCAAUAUGCAUUUGAAGAAGCAGUACAUAGGAAUUCCCUUUAAAACACAUUUCAUAUACACAUAAACAUAUUGUAUAUACACAUAAAGAUUAAUAUAUAAAUUAUUAGUAUCUUCCACUUUCAUAGUACUCCAUAGAAAAUGUUAUUCUGAACAGAUUUACUGAGACCAAUAUGCACUUUUUUGGGUUGAACAGUUGGCUAGAAAUAGAAUGCAAAUUGCUCUGUGCAUUUUCUAUAUCAUUCUGUCUGAAACAUACUAUAAUAAGCCUAUGAGUCUCACUGGUAUUAAUGUAACUUAUCAGAUAAAUGAGCACACAGUAUAAAUCAUGGAAUGAGCUAGGACACUUUAAAAUAUGACAGAACAGCACUGGUCUACAGAUUUCACUUCUAUCGAGUAGUUAUGUGCAGUUUAAGCAUUUGAAUAGAAUGUUGUAUAUCUAUCUCCUGUAACUGUAUAGCUUACCACUACAUUUUAAAAUAGCAUAUAUGCCAUUUGAUCGAUUGCUUAUAGAUCUACAUAUUCUGGUUAAAUUUUAAAGAGAAAAAUUCAGUGACAGAAGAGGUAAGCAUUACUUCUCCCAGUUUCAAUGGUACCUUAUUUAAUGCACCUUUAACACUUGCAUUCAGAAAACACCAUUUCAUAUUUUCCAUGCAUGUUUCGCUUGCUGUGGAAGAUUACCUCCUAUAAUCUAAUCAUGAAAUGGACUUUUUCUCAGCAAGAGGUCAUUUCUUUUUAAGUUUCUCCUAAAAUUUCACUAGCUAAUAUGAAAGCAAAAUAUAUGUGUCACUAAUCCUUAUUAUGUUUCCUUAGAAAGCAAACAAUUGUGAUUAAUGGCAUACAGCAAGUACAAGAAGGAAUAGAUCUCGUCUGUGGACUGCCUCCUUUUCUUCUGAAUAUAUGUAAACUACAUUGUCUUUUAGCUUCUUACUUCACUUAAAUUUUAGCUUCUUACUUGGCUUACACUUACCAGUAAGAUCAUGAGAACAGCAUAAUACAUUUGGUGGAAAUAAUCUCUUGCAUUUGUGCAAUGAUAACAAGCUGGCUAAUGUGAAAGACAUAUUCAGCUGAAAAUAUUUUGGUUAUGAUAACUUUAAGGAAAUUGGAAACCUUAAUAAUGAGUCUAUUCAAAUUUGUUAUUGGGAAAUUAACUACAAAUUAGGAAUGUGUUAAACUUGUUUCAGUAAAAGACUUAUGAAUAUUUUCAAAGUUUGUCUAUAAAAGGUCACCAUAGAAUUCUUUGCACAUUUCACGAAUGUUGAUAUAUCUAUAAUUCUUCCAUCACAUUGAAACAUUAAAUUAAUGAAGACCAAUACUUUUUCUCCUUUGGCAUUAUAGUAUGAAAGUGGGUGGUUAGUUCCCAGGAACUUACUAUUUUCAAUGGUACAGCAGCAGGGAAAACAAGAAAAUAGCAGUGUCCCCCAGAGCUAAAACAAUGGUAGAAGUACAGUAAGAAGCACAAUAUCAUAAAUGGCAAAAAAAAGUUUUUGUUUGUAUUACAUAAAUAACUUGUCUCUCGGUAGAAGUGGAGCCAUAUGACAAUGUACAGACAUACAUAUAUAAUAAAAAAAAGAGCAGCGACAAAACCACUGUACCUGGCACCCUUCUGGAAGCAGCAGAAAAUAUUGGAAAGUCCCAAUGUCAAAAAACUGUCUGCUCCAAAGUAUCCAUGCUGAUCUCUGUCAAGGGCACAUGCCAUCCCCUCUGUGUGCGUUUAAUCUUACAUAUUCCACAGAACUGCAGCAACCAAAUAUGACAAAAUUAGCAACGGGAGACAUCAGAACUAAUGGUGGGUGAGGUAGCAUAUGAGAACAUGGAUUCAUUUUUCUUUGACAUUGAAGAAAAUAUUAUGAUUCUGUCCAAGGGAUAUGAACAACUUCUGCAAAGACCUGCAAAUAAAAAUAUUUUAACACCUUAUUCCCAAGCAGUAGGCUGUGAUAAAAUGUUACAUCUUGUCCUUUAAUAUGGCACUUGUCUUUCUGUAAAUGUAUUGGCUCAUUCUCUUUUGUCACUGACUAACUCAGUGCUGGGAUUCUGAAAAUAUCUGGAGCCUUCCUGGCCCAUGAGAUACUAGUCUGAUGCAGAAAUGGAAAUUAUUUUCCAAAACAGGAGGAAAGAUUCUCCAUAAAAUUGACAUUUUCUCGCUUAAGAUCAUUAUUUUGUGGGACAUGCUAUUUAAACAAAACCAACUAAAUUUCCAGCUCACCAGUGUAUUAAAUAUGUUAAAUGGACUAUGUCUGACAGCUUCAAUUACUAUCUGUUAGAAGGUGGUGGUUUUUAGUAUUGAUCAGUUGCAGAAGUAUCACACAUAGAAACACAGACAAUGGCCAAUAGAAGCAUUACAGAAUGUCCUGUUCUAUAAUGUCUUCUAAUAUCUACAAUACUGAUAGUGCACUAAAUUUAUUCUUAUCCCAAAGGAAGUAAAAGAUAAAUUGCAUUGCUAGAAUCAGUUCUUAUUUCAUGCAAAUGUGCCUUGGAGGGUCUUUGAACAAGUGAUAAGCCAAAGUUUAGUACUGUUCUGCAUUUUUUUCUGCAAGAUUCAUGUAAUUAAAAAUUGUUAUAUGCAAUGCUAGUUUCAAAGCCUUUUUUUGCUUCCUGUCUAUCUGAUACAGCACAUA